GUGGCUAGAUUAGCUCCUUCUGGGUCCCACUACCUGACUGUUCGCGGCGAUCACCAGCUUCGACUACAUCCAAACUGCAUUUUGUACAGCGCAACAUUGAAAUGGCCAGCCUGGAUUUUGUUCACUAAUGUAUUCUUAACUUCGGGUACCUCGGACGACAGCAACUCCUGGCGGCCCGUGGACGACGGUAACAGCGCUCCAACGUGCGUUAGCGGUGUGAGCGCCAUACAACCUGACUGGCUUCUUGAACUUGCACCCCACUAUUACGAAUUUGGGACCGACCGUGAACAUCUAGAGAAAGCAUUCCUCGCGUCACGUUAACAGCUUCUUCACGUGUCACGCCUUGUAAAGAUAACACAUUCUGGCUAAUUUUGCCGUUGUACACAUCUGCAUGCACUAUCUGUUCGUAUUAAACGUUCUUACUCUUAGUCAACCUCAUUCCGUUGCAUUUCUGUUCAGAACGAAUACGGUGCGAUCGGAAGAUUCCAGCCAUCGCAUGUUUUUAAUAACUCACAGUUGUGUAUAGCACAGUGGUUGACGUGAUUAUGUGCCAAACACCGUCCGUUUUGUUCACUUCGGACCUGAGGUCAUUUGAUCAUUCUCUUUUUAUGACAAAUCCUAAUUCGAUUACUGUUACCAUUUACAUAGUCUUCUGGCAAUGAACGUUGUAAAGCUUGUCAAGCGAAAGUGUCCUGCAC